AUGUAUGAAGAUGUCAUUGCAGUAACACAAAAUGUCGAUUGUAAGUUCCGCAAAUAUAUAAAAUAUCUCGUCUGUCUUGGGUAAAGAGUAAUAUUUUACAAGCCCUGAAAUGAUGGGAUCACGAUAAAGUCGAAGUAGAAGUUCAGGUGACGAUGUCCCACGUGGAAAUGAAUUGAAAAAUUCUGUUAGAACAACUGUAGAUAUCUUGGAAGAGGAGUUCCGCGAUGUAACUGCAAUCCCAAAAGAAGAAUUGUGGGAAAUGUUCGAGCUACUGCUAAAGAAAAUAGAAAAAACCAUGAAUUGCAUCAAAGAACUCAAAUUGCCGCCAGUUAAACCUCACAUUGUUAAAGCAACUGAUGCAGGUCCUGGCGUGGGAAGUAGUAAUGUGGAGGUCAAGUAUCGAGACGUUGAGAUGGCCAGAAUUUUCAAUUCUGAUCGGGUCAAUCGUAUUCAUAGGGCAAGGGAUGACAGCAGGCAGAAUGAGGCAGAACGAUCUAAUGCAUGUAUUGACGAAGCUCUGGUCGAUGGUGGUGCAAUGAGUUGGCGGUAA